UGUCUCACAUUUCCAUAACCCAUCUCCAUUUCUUCGUCUUCAACAUUUUCUUCCGUUACUAGUGAAGUAUCACUCUGAGUCCGAAACCUGCAAUUUUCAAUCUUCUCCCAAAUGUGUCUCCCAAACCUCCAUGGCAAACCCAAUCCCUGACGCAUCUCCAUCUUCUCCAGCGGCGAAGAAAUGACGAACAGACUCCUCCUCAGAAACCUCAGCCUGAGAUCCCGCCGCCGUCCCCGCUACGGCGCCUACGCCUGCGCCGCCGCCGCCGCACUCCUCCUCCUCCUCUCUGUCUCUCUCCUCUACUCCCGCCUCUCCCACCACAACCAUUCUAUCCUCCUCCGCCGCCGCAUCCCCGACGCCGUUUCGGUCGCCAAUCCCCUCAUCUCCGACGACUCCCAGGACGAAGACGCAGCCGUCGCCGUCGACGACAGGAUCGACGAGCUCGACGACGUCGUCUUCGAGGACUCCCCUCGCGACGAUGAGCCCUUGGAGGACGACGACGAGCAGAUUCCCGACAAGAAUCGGCUCAGGGUUUCCGGCUUCUUUUACGACCACGUGAACGGCGCCAUUCGUAGGAGAUUCAGUCACAGAUCGAUCGACGACUGGGAUGACGAGUACUCAGGGUUCAGCCUAGGGCUGGUGGCAGAGGAUCAGAGUAAGGCCGCGUUUGGAUCUGAUGAUGUUCCCGUUGAUGAAACUGUGAGGAGGAAGGCGAGCGAGGUGGUUGGGAUUGAGGACGCUCUGAUGUUGAAGGUGGGAAAGAGGGUCUCGCCUCUGAGAGAAGGUUGGGGAGAUUGGUUUGAUAAGAAGAGCGAUUUCUUUAGGAGAGAUAGAAUGUUUAAAUCCAAUUUGGAGAUUUUGAAUCCUUUAAACAAUCCAAUGCUUCAAGACCCUGAUGGCAUUGGCGUCACUAGCUUGACAAGGGGAGAUAAGUUAGUCCAGAAAUCUUUGUUGAAUGAGUUUAAGAGAGUUCCACUUCUGAUGAAGAAGCCAUUGGGUGUUGUUGAACUUCCAAGGACUUCCCUAAAGUCCAAAGUUGGUGAGAAUGGUAAUGAGAUUAAGAAAGCCGAGCGUAGGACUCUGGAUUCGAAUGUGGUUCGGAGGAGGUCGGAGUUUGAGAGUUAUGUAUAUGCUGAUGGCAAGAGAUGGGGUUACUAUCCCGGAUUGCAACCGCAUUUAUCGUUUUCGGAUUUCAUGGAUGAGUUUUUCAGGAAGGGGAAGUGUGAUUUGAGGGUGUUUAUGGUGUGGAAUUCUCCACCUUGGAUGUAUAGUGUAAGGCAUCAGAGGGGGCUUGAGAGUUUGCUCCACCAUCAUCCAGAUGCCUGUGUGGUCGUGUUUUCAGAGACUAUUGAGCUUAACUUCUUUAAUGAUAGCUUUGUGAAGGAUGGUUAUAAAGUCGCUGUUGCUAUGCCAAAUCUUGAUGAAUUGCUGAAGCAUACACCAACCCAUGUGUUUACUUCAGUCUGGUUUGAAUGGAGGAAGACAAAGUAUUAUGCUACCCACUACAGCGAGCUUAUCCGCCUUUCUGCGCUUUACAAGUAUGGUGGAAUAUAUCUCGAUUCUGAUAUUAUAGUCUUGAAAUCAUUAUCUUCACUUAGCAAUUCUGUUGGUAUGGAGGAUCAGGAUAAUGGGCGUUCUUUGAAUGGUGCUGUGAUGGCGUUUAGAAGGCACAGUCCCUUUAUAAGCGAGUGCAUGAAAGAGUUCUACAUGACAUAUGAUGACACUCGGUUGAGAUGGAAUGGGGCUGAUCUUUUAACAAGAGUUGCAACAGAAUUUUUAAGGACGGAGAGAAACACCAUUCGAGAGGUGGAGUUGAUAAUGCUUCAUUCAUCCAUUUUCUUCCCUAUCAGCUCACAGAAUAUUACAAGCUACUUCACCACCCCAACGACUGAGGCUGAAAAUGCUCAACAAGAUGCUUUGCUUAAAAAGAUUCUCAAUGAGUCAUUGACAUUUCACUUCUGGAACAGCGUAACGUCUGCUCUCAUUCCAGAGCCAGAUAGCCUUGUGACCCGGCUUAUUGACCACACCUGUAUCCGAUGCUCUGAUGUGUUGUGAAUUCAAAUUCAACUCGGCAUUUUCUCCAAAGCUGGUAAUACAGAAGGUUAUUGCAUCCACACUUUUCGAUAACCGUUUCUCGCUAACAUCUAAAAAGAAAAGGUUGAGGCAUUAUUCUGUUAUGAGGCAUUAUACAUAAACUACAGGUUUUUUCUUGUACUGUAGUCUUAUACCUUGUAUGUUCAUUACAAAAAAGAAAAACUAGUUUUCCCUAAUAAGUUGCAGUUUUUAUGUGUACAGAAAAAUGUAUUUUGGUCUUAAGAUGUCAACGCCGUCGUUUGUAGUUUAUAUUCUUAGUCUUUGCAACCAAUUUUGGAUGAGGGUUGCACAUACUUCUUGUCCCUUCACAAGUCCACCUGCAUUUGGGUUCAGGCUUUGUAACUAAGAAGGAAGAAGCAUGCAGCUACACCGGGUCGUCCUUAUAGAGGCCCCGGCGCGUUUUGUUACAAGCAUAUUGAACUAGGAACAUUAGCUGUGUUUCUGCCAGGAAACUAGAAUAAAUAGAGAUUUGCGCUCUUUUGUGCAUCCGAAUUUUGUUAUGAUGUAUAUGAGAAUCAUCUGUUGAGACUCGAUAGAAAAGUAAACAUUCGUUUGUGGCUACUCAUUGUGGCUAAU